AAGGAAAGUCUGGUUUUUGGUUCGUGGGGUGGUUUCAAAAUGGCCUCAUUCUCGGUCCCAUGCCCCAAGUGCCCUUCUACUUCUUUUUCCUCUCUGGGGUUGAAAUCCCAACAGGUUCCCUUUCAAAGUGGGUUCAGCUUCAAGCCUUUUCUAUCAUUCAGUCCUUUGUCUGCUGAAUCUGCAUCAUCUAGAAUUCAGUGUUCUAACAGGAAGCAAUAUUCUGUUCUGAAGGCUGCUAAAGUCGAAAAUUCUAAUUCUAAUUCUGCCCCGGUAGCGGUCAAAGGACCUGAUGUUGCUUCAUCAAAAGAAAAAGAAGUGCCUAAGGGAAAACAGUCUGGUGGCACUAUUGCAGAUGAAGCUUCAGUUACUGCAUUCAUGUCUCAAGUUGCAGACCUUGUAAAACUCGUUGAUUCAAGAGAUAUUGUGGAACUUCAACUUAAGCAAUCAGACUAUGAGCUCAUGAUAAGAAAAAAGGAAGCAGUGCAGCCUCCACCAGUUGCAGCGCCAGUAUCACCACCUCCUAUAUAUGCCGCAUUUCCACCACCACCGGUAGCACCAGCUGCUGCUCCUACUACCUCUCCCCCCCAGAAAGCACUGCCUGCAUUGCCUUCCCCUGCAAAAGCAAGCUCAUCUUCUCACCCACCACUGAAAAGUCCGAUGGCAGGAACUUUCUACAGGAGUCCAGCACCUGGUGAACCUCCAUUUGUCAAGGUGGGUGAUAAAGUGAAGAAAGGGCAGGUUAUUUGCAUUAUUGAGGCUAUGAAACUGAUGAAUGAAAUUGAGGCUGAUCAGUCAGGAACAAUAGCUGAAAUAUUGAUUGAGGAUAGCAAACCAGUCAGUUUAGAAACGCCCCUUUUUGUAAUAGUUCCAUGAGCACUUGAACCUUGCUUCAAAGAUGGUGUGAAAUCUCCAUUGUUGGAUAUCAUGGUAUUGGAUGAAUUAGAUUUUCUGUUCAGAAAUUUCUUCAGUGACAAUGUUUCUCUAUUGAGAAAUCUUUACUACCUUCUUUAUACCCCACCCAUUAUUAAGAUAUUUUAGGCAUAAAAGCUCCAUCAUAUCAGUAUGAAUAUUGGAUAUUCCAUUUUUAGCAGUAUUUAUGUUUUCUUUUUUCUGCUUUCUGAUGACACCCUCUUGUUGUAUGAACCUGCUGGUUGGAUGUUGGGUUAUUCUAGUAAUUUGUUAUACAUUUUCUGUUGGCCACAAAUA